AUGGCGCCUGUCCACAGCGAAACCCACCAACAUCAUCGCCGCGAUGCUUCGUCUUCAGCAGAGGUGCCUCUGUGGGCAUUUAUCAUAAUGACCCUGUGGGCACUUGCCUUGAUGGUGUUUAUUGGCUUCAUCCUUUGGCGGCCUGCGAUUUUGUUGCGCGAGCUCAACCUUCGGCCGCAGGAGGACAAGUCGGACGAGUGGCGAUAUCUCGAGCCGCUCAACGAUCCGGACCGUCGGCAAUCGCGGAUCCGUCGUGUCUUUAGCAUGAGGUCAAACAUCAACCGGUGGCGGAACGGUGUGCAACCCGGCAGGCAAAGCAUCGCAAUGAGUAUACAAGAAGGGGAGCCAUCGGAUUAUAACUAUGCCCCAGCUUCGGCAAGACCUGUGUCUCAAAUGCAACGUAUUACAGAGGAUGAGCAGCAAAAUGAUUAUAGCAACACGCAGGAGUCAGAGGAACCCACGACGCAGAAGAAGGACGCUGAUAAGAAGAACGAUGGCACACACCUGGAAGGAACACCACCAAAUCUCCCCAGCAGCUCAGGGCAGACGUAG